AGCGCUCAAGAUAAGGGAUGGCCUGUGCAGUUCUAAAACAGUUGAAGUAAUCUGCAUGAAUUAUUCAAGCUAAUAUGUAGUUUAAAUCCCACUUAAAAAUGUUGGUGUGAACGAUUGUUGGCCCUGUGAUGGACUCCAGGCCUGUCCAGGGUGUCCUGUGCCUCUCACCCCUAGGAUCAUGCUCAAACGUCCCACAUCAAUGGGAGAAGAAGAAGGCAACGAAUGAAUAUAAAUGUAUAUAUCCAUUUCUACCCAUUAGAAUACAUCUAAAUAAGGUUUCUUAGUUUUUUUUUUCCUUUGAAGUCUGCAGCAUUCACACACUCGAGAUCAUUCUCUUUCCAGAAGCUACCAGACUGUUCUGUGUCCCUACAGCUGUCAGGCCCCUGUCACACUCACCAUUACACACUUUCAAACCCCCUCCCGCCACUUUGGCAUCGAGCAUUUGCUAGUGAGUUCUCAGCUGUCAGGUCCCUAAAUAGCACUUAUCAGGAGCAGACCAUCAUGAACUCGGGGGUCCCCGCUUCAAAUUAAGGCAUUUUUUUUAUUCCAUUGCUUUUUUAAAGUAGUAACUUAAAAAAAAAUCUCAACAAAAACACUAUCAUGUUAGUGGCAACGCUGAAAAACAGCAUUGAAAGCAUAGCAAGGUACACCGGACCCCCCUGCUAGUCCUAAGUGGUCCACCUUACCCCUGUCCCGCCUCUGAUCCACUAUAAAUAUGCAUGGCUGCUCUGGUGGGGCAAGAUUACAUAAAAACCUAAAGUCUUAGAGAGUCAAGGAGACAGUUCAGCUUCUGAAGAGAAGACACAAAUAUAUACGAUGGGAGACCCAGUGCAGUUGAAAGACGAGGGAAACAAAUUCUUCCAGGCAGGCGAUAUUGAUAAAGCCCUCGAGUGCUACACAAAUGCCAUCAAGGUGUGCAAGGACAAGAAGGUGCUGGCUGUUAUCUACAGAAACAGAUCUGCGUGCUUCUUAAAAAAGGAGAAUUACACUGGUGCUGCUUCAGAUGCAUCAAAAGCGAUUGACGUGGAUGCCGCGGACAUUAAAGCCCUCUACAGACGCUGCCAAGCCCUUGAGAAGCUUGGAAAACUGGACAUGGCCUUUAAGGAUGUACAGAGAUGUGCAACUGUCGAACCAAAGAACAAGACCUUCCAGGAGACUCUUCGUAGGCUGGGGGCUGAAAUCCAGGCCAAGCUGAAGACAACAUUCUCCACCGACUCGCGGGUUCAGAACAUGUUCGACAUUCUCCUCGGAGAAGAGAUGGACAAAGAGAAGAUGGAAAAGGCUGCCAACAACCUGAUUGUGCUGUCCAGAGAAGAUGCAGGCGCAGAGAGAAUAUUCCAGAAUAAUGGUGUUCAGCUCCUGCUCAACAUGAUAGAAACGGGCAAACCUGAGAUGAUCCUGGCGGCUAUUCGAACUUUGUCUGGCAUGUGCACGGGACAUAAAGCCCGGGCAAUGGCUAUCAUUAACAUGGUGGGAACUGAUAAGUUAUGCAGCAUCAUGGCCAUUGACAAUGAAGAGAUAGCCUUGGCGACCUGCAACCUCUUCCAGUGCAUCAACGACUCCCUCACUGGGGCAGAUAAGAGGAACUAUGGCAAGGAAGAGGCCUUGGUCUUAGAUGCAUCCAAAGACUUGAAGACGAUUCUUCUCUCUCUGCUGGAGAUGCUUGGCAGUAAGAAAGUGUCCGGUCAUGGCAGAGACCAAGCCUUGAACCUGCUGAGCAAGAAUGUACCGCGCAAAAAUAAGAAGGAGGACAACUCCACCACCCUCUUCACUAUUGAUCAUGGUUUGAAGAAGAUCCUGAAGAUCUGUGGCCAGGUUCCCGAGCUGCCCGACCAGCUUCCUCUGACAGAGAACACACAGUUGAUUGCAAGCGUGCUCCUCAACAGGCUUUAUGACGACCUCAAAUGUGACCCAGAGAGAAACAACUACAGAGAUGUUUGCGAUGAAUACAUUAAAUCCAAAAUUGACCCUAACAACAUGGACAAGACUAUCCACGCCAUCAACGUCAUCUCUGGACUGCUUCAGGGUCCAUUCGACGUGGGCAACGCUCUUGUUGGACAUCAAGGUAUCAUGGAGAUGAUGGUGGCGCUGUGCGGUUCUGAACGGGAGGUGGACCAGAUGGUGGCCGUGGAGGCCCUCAUUCACUCCUCCACCAAGAUGAGCCGAGCCAGCUUCAUCAUCACCAAUGGAGUCUCGCUGCUGAAGGACAUCUACAAGAAGACCCAAAACCAGAGGAUCAAAAUCCGAGCCCUAGUGGGUCUGUGCAAACUGGGAUCGGCUGGAGGUGACGAUUAUAGCAUGAGACAGUUCGCUGAAGGCUCCACUGAGAAGCUGGCCAAGCAGUGCAGAAAGUGGCUGUGCAACCCGCAGAUUGAUGCAAAAACAAGGAAAUGGGCGAUUGAGGGUCUUGCUUAUCUGACCAACGACGCUGACGUGAAAGACGACUUUGUUGAGGAUGAGUUGGCUCUGAAAGCCAUGUUUGAGCUGUCAAAGUCAACGGACAAGACCAUCAUUUAUGCGGUGGCAUGCACACUGGUGAACUGUACCAACAGCUAUGACAAGAAAGAAAUGAUCCCUGAACUGGUCCAACUGGCCAAGUUCUCGAAGCAGCAUGUGCCAGAGCAACACCCCAAGGACAAGAAGGACUUUAUUGAGAAGAGAGUGAAGAGGCUGCUGAAGGCCGGAGUCAUUUCAGCCCUGGCUGUCAUGGUCAAAGCAGACAGCUCCAUCCUGACUGACCAGACAAAGGAGCUGCUGGCAAGGGUUUUCCUGGCACUGUCAGAAGAUCCUAAAGACCGUGGUACAAUUGUCGCCCAAGGUGGUGGAAAGGCUUUGAUCCCGCUGGCGCUGGAGGGGACAGAUGCUGGGAAGGUGAAGGCCAGCCAUGCUCUGGCGAGGAUUGCUGCCAUUUCUAACCCAGAAAUUGCUUUCCCUGGUGAACGGGUGUAUGAAGUGGUGAGGCCCUUAGUCAACCUGCUGAACACGGAAAGAGAUGGAUUGCAGAAUUAUGAGGCUCUCAGAAGCCUCACCAACUUGGCUGGCUUCAGUGAGAAGCUAAGAGUGAAGAUUAUUAAGGAGAAAGCCCUGCCAGAGAUUGAGAACUACAUGUUUGAGGAGCAUGACCAGAUCCGACAGGCUGCGACCGAAUGCAUGUGCAACUUGGUUUCCUGCAAAGAGGUUCAGGAUCGUUACCUUGAAGACGGCAAUGACAAGUUGAAGCUGCUGGUGCUGCUCUGCGGGGAGGAUGACGACAAACUGCAGAUAGCUGCAAGUGGAGCUCUGGCCAUGCUGACCGCUGUUCAGAAGAAACUCUGCCACAAAAUGACACAAGUGACGGGCCAGUGGCUUGAGAUCAUGCAGAGGUUGUGUCUCCACGCCAACCCACAUAUCCAACACCGUGGCCUUGUGAUUGUGUUCAACAUGCUCAACUCAGAUGACCCAGAGCUGCCCAAGAGAUUGAUCGAGAGCGAGCUUUUGGAGAUCCUCACAGUGAUUGGAAAAGCUGCGGACAACCCAAAGCGGCAGCAACCCAUUGAUGCAGCCCGCACGUGUCUGGUCAAAGCUAUGGACCUGGGCCUGAUCAAACCCUUCAGUAGCUAAUCCUGACUGAACACUUCCCUUUUUUUUUUUUUUUUAGAAACAUGCCUUUUUUGUUUUGUUUUUGCUAUAAUAUUUAAUGUGUUAAUCUCAGACAAAACUAUUCAUGAUAAUCUAAAUCACGUCAACUAGGCUGGAAUUUUGAAUGCUGGUACCACAAAUACAGCUUGACUUUUCUUCUCUGGAUGUAUUUUUUUUAAUUUUGGACUUUUUCUUUGCAGUUAUAC